GCUUAUCGGUUGUAAUCUAACAUAUUCAACGCUGCUGAUAAUUAAACAAGAUGACAGUUGCACUCUGCCGAGAAUUGAGAUAAUUGUGCAGCAUUUGCGCGCGCGUGUGUUUGUGCGUGUUAGUUUUAUUUGAACGAAACCGUUUGCUUGCCACCGGUGACGCACCAGUAUCUUCGUCUAAUACGAAAACAUCUAAAACCAAAAUACACAUCGGCGACGGUUCUGGCACGGCUAAUAAUAAAACCGCGCACCGUGGAUGCGGCCGGCCACGGUACGGGCAGGAAGGGGUGUAUGUUUGCGAUGAACAUGUACCAUGCAUACACAACCGACGGCCAACAGAAUGGCGGGUUCAACAUCAUCCGUCCCGGGGGUUUGUUUAGAAGUUUCGAAAAUCGAUCUGUUUUGGACUGCGUAAAUCGAUAAAGUUCGGUGCGCUGUGGGGUAAACUUUCAUCAAACGAUGCGCCGUACACGGGGCACGCGCUCUAAGCUAGCAAACCAACCCCUUAUGGAACCGUCCCACCCACAUGGCCACAUACAGACACACAUUCAUGCACGUAGCGAUCGCUCCAUCGCAGACGAUCAGCUGCUAGCAAAUUGUGGUGAUGUCAUCGGUCGAUCGAACAACGAUACCCCGAUCUUGUUGGUGUUAGACGCCUAGCGCACACAGAUCGGAACUGUCGAGAUCUUGCCACCGAAACUGUCAGCGGCGCUUCUUUCGCUUGCGCCAAUGAGCGACUACAGCAUGAGGCGUAGAUGCGUUGAAAAGUGGAUUUAAUUAAGAUCAACAUAUCACUUCCUCGGUGUUCCAGUGGUUUGUGCUGUAACUUAACGAACAAACGAAUCGAAAUCAUGUGCCAUCCAUUUGUUUGAUCGCAACACAUUGGAAUAGUGCAUCCGAUAUCAGUGACGAUAAACAGUGCUGAAGAACACUUUCAAAAAAAAAAGGAAAAAGAAAGAAAGUUUUAUCACACAUACGCACACGAGAAAAAAAAAUCAUGGCCGAACAGAACGAAAAUACGUCGACGAAAAAAAGCGUCAAAAUUCAGGACUACAUUUCGCCGGGUAUUUCUCGAGAGCGAAGUUUUAUACGCACCUCAAAUCAACAGAUCAAUAAUAGCAACAAACGGCGCAGUUUGGCAUUCACCCAAAGCCAGGCCCACCAACAUGCCCAACAGCAGCUACGUGAGGGUCGCCUGGAUGGGCUAUCGGGCAUGAACAACAAACUGAACGUGCACGCGCAGGAAUUUCAGAUGAAUAACUUACCCCUUAACGAUCAUCGGUUUCCAUUGCAAAGCUCGAGAUCUCUGAACAUCUACAGCAGCUCCCUGCAGCACUCGAAGUCAAGUGUCGCGAUGCCGUUGGGUGGUAUGCACGGUCGGCAUCAUGCACUGCAGCUCGGUAGCAUCGGUAGUCCCAUCCCGAGGGGAUCGCUUAUGAUGCCCAACCAUACGCCACUGCACCACGUCGGCGUGCAGAUGCAACCGUCACAUAUGCCGCUGGUAAAUUCACCCUCUAGCAGCAACAUUCUUCACUCCAGCGGGCCACGCGUUAAGUUCGCGCCGGAACCGAUGCUUCACGCAACAGCACACGCACACAGCAGCAACACGCCACAUGCCUCCACCAUCAACAACAGUGCCGUUGCUGGCGGUGCGAACAACAAUAACAACACCCAAUUGAAUCUGGCCCCUUUGCAGCGCUCGAAGUCUCUCUCGUCGGCGGAUACGUUGACCCGCGGGUUGGCCAGCCUCGGGCUGGGCAUCGGGGCGGAAGCAACCGAUAUCGGUAUGUUCUCGCCGGAAGUACAGGCCGCCAUCAACAGGGCGAUCGAGGAUCCGAAUCAGCUGAAUGCGCGCUGUUUGAUGGAUCUGGCUGCACAGCUUCUUCAUCGUGCCGUCGAAGGUCGUCGCUACUCCUUACCAAUAUCGCGCUUGUGCAUUUCAAUCAUUGCAAAGGAGAAAAAGGAAACCUUUCUAGAGGCACUGCUCAACACCUGCCGCCAAUGGUACCAGGAACGGGACAAAGUGCUUGGUGCGAUGCAAAACUCGAAGAACCCAUCACGGCCCCGCUUUACCUCGUUCAUGGCCUUCCUCACGGAGAUGUUCUGUCAGCUGAAGCGGCGUCAGCUGCAACUUCGCACCGAGUGUGACGGUGUGCCGCCUCCAUUGGUGCUCCUGACCGUCCUAGGCAAGUGCUGCGAAGAUUGCGUUCAACCACCGGUCCGGUCACUAUCCGAGAUCGAAUGUUUGUUUUUUGUGCUGACCUGCAUCGGGCGCGAUCUGGAAACGCAUCUGCCGCAACAGCUCGAGUCCCUGCUGGCCGGAGUUCGUGAUGCGUUCCUCAACUCCGCUGCCUCAGCACCAGCCAUUCGCCGCACGCUCCUUCAGCUGAUCGAGUUGCAGGCGUCCCACUGGCAGCUACCCGGAAACACUGUCUUGUACUAUUAUCCCUCCUCCAAGUAAACUGGUCACCGGCUACUACACCAGCAUUGCGAUGGGAAACGACCCAAAACCAAACGACCCAUGGCCCACGGGUAAACGGGCUGUUACAUUUAAAUGCGUUUUUGUUUUCUUUUCUUUUUUCGUUUUUUUUCUUAAUUUUUUGAUGGACUGCAAGUCUGGUAGCGCCACUGAGUAGGGCACGGCCACGUGCCGUCGCGAACGAACAAGACGAAUCGAACGGAACAAAGAAUUGAUAGUAAAUUUUGAAAACAAGAAAAAAAAACCCUCAUAAGCACUGGGAGUGCCUACGAUCACUUUAUUCGAAACGUUCGAGAGCGAGAAAGCAACAGGGAAAAAAGAAACAAACCUAACCUAACGAAGCGAUCAGACUACAUUCCAUCAAGAUGGGUGAAAAUCCACUAUAAAAGGAGCUUAAGUCAAAGUCAAAGUAAAUUAAAGCUAAAAAAUUAUUUACCAUUCUAGCAAAACGCUAAACGACGACCGGGGACGAUCCCUUCAUAUGUUAGCUCAUCUUAAUUCGGCCAUGUUUUAUUUUAGGCAAUCAUCGCAACUGCCCCAUUAUUUAUCAAUCCUAUUUAUUGCUUCCCGUUUGUUUUUUAUUCUUCUCAAAUAAUGGCGAAAUUAUUCUUUUUUACUUCGUAUCAACCUUUUCUUUGAAAUGAUUUCCAAAUCGCCAUUUUUGUUUGUAUUGUUGUGCAAGAAUUAACUCAUGGACCAACGGACACAAGGGAUAGUAGCGAAUGUGUUACGAGGUCUAAUGGUUUAAUUGUAGCAUUCGUAACAAUCCAACGUCAGUGCCAUCCGCCCAAGCACUAAUUGCGAUCGCAUAAAACCAAUCAAAAGAUACAAAAAAACAAAGCGAUCACUUGGUGGUAAACACAACAACAGGGGCACAAACAUAAUCCUAGUCACUAGUGGUGUGGCAGUGAAUGGAGGGGUUGCAGAUUUGUGCAUAAUAACGACUGCAAGUUAUCGUACGUAGCUUAUCAUCCUCUACCUUCCCCCAAAUCAGAAUCGUACGACUGUGCCAUUGUACGAUUGAGGCAUUGAACAACUAAGGAAGACAAUUUUGAGACGCGUUUUGUUUAGUAACCUCCGUAGUGAGCUGUAACGCUAAUGCAUACUCCCCAAAAAGCUGGAGGUUAGUGACGUUAUGUAGUGGACAGGGAUUAUUUAUUCAACCAAUGUUUAGUGAAAAUAAAAAGUAAAAUACUUUUCAUCAUUUACUACAAACUACACCACUUAAUCGUUAGGAGAAUGUAAGAUUGUUUUUUUUAUACGUGAAAUUUGACAAAUCAAUUAAACUAUAGUUUAUUACCAGUUGUAUCAACAAAAAAAACCAUGGGAAAUAUAUUAUCUGCAACACAACA